GUUCCGUCCGUUUGUGGGUAGAGUUUUUCCAAGAAAAAUGUCUGGAACUGAGAGUGCCGCAAAAGUCGUGGAGUCGGCGUCGGAAGAUCACGAUCCGGACUUUUUGGACGAACCGGCGGAUGUAAGUUGCCAAACGACUCGUUCUUGAACCCGUCCAGGUGCAGGAGGCGCCCGUAUAUCCCGAAUGUCAUCCUGUACUACACCGGCGAGGUGAUGCACGAGGACGACGACGGUGAAGAGGAGGACGAGCGGCCCCAGCCGGCCAAGAACCAGAAGCACCGCGGUGGUCACGGUGGCGGCGGCAUGUAAAAGACGCCCAAAAUCCGGUCGAGUGCCAGCAGCAGUAAAGCAGCGAUGGAACGUGAGUGAAUCGACGGCAAAAACGUGUCACUGCUGGUUCCGGUUCAAUCGAAACGUGGCAUCUCGCCUCGCAUUUUUCGGAGACGGCUUUUUUACCCACUAGCUCAAGACUAAGCGCAAUGGGAAACGCUUAUUCGAAAGUGGCCUACCGGCACUCGAUCCAGCAGAACAACCCCGGUAAGAUCGAUGGAACUACACGGCUUCAUUUCGAAGUCCCGCACGGCGAACAAGUACCCGUCGUAGUCAACUUGCCGCACACCCUAAUGCCGACGAUGUGCCAGCAGCGGCAGCAGCAUGGUCGAGAACCGGAGAAGUCUGACCGCGACCAUCCACGACAACCGGAAGAUACGGAGAAGGUCACGUCGGCCUCGGCCACGGUGGUCGUCAACCUGGAAGGGAAGCAGCAGGGGCCUUCACCCGACGAAUCGAUCCAACAUUUUUGCCUUCUGACCGUAAUCUAUGGGCUAAAGAACUAA